GACCUGUCAACCGCUCGCCUUGAGCUACCCAGGUCCCCUCCGUCCUUCCACAGGAAUUCAAGUCUUAGCACAAGUCCAAGUUCCAGCUCUAAGGAAAUCUCGACUCUGUCCCAGAUCUGUCUCCAGCCCUUAGGGCCCACCAUGGAGAAGGACUUUCAAGACAUCCAGCAGCUGGACUCUGAGGAAAAUGACCAUCAGCUCAGUGGUGAUGAGGAGCAAGGCCCUCACGUGCAGAAUCCUAGGAUAGAAAAUCCACAUUGGAAAGGGCAGUCUCCUUCCAGGCCUUUGCCUCAGCGCCUCUGCUCCUCGUUCCACCUCAGUCUGCUCGCCCUGGCCUUCAACAUCCUCCUGUUGGUGGUCAUCUGCGUGGUCUCAUCUCAAAGCAUACAGCUGCAAGAGGAGUUUCGGACCCUGAAAGAGAACUUCAGCAACUUCUCCUCCAGCACGUUGAUGGAGUUCAGGGCUCUAGACACCCACGGAGGUAGCACAAAUGACAAGUUGACCUCCUGGAAAGACCAGCUGGAGAAAAAGCAGCAGGACCUAAAAGCAGACCAUUCCACUCUGCUCUUUCACCUGAAGCACUUCCCAAUGGAUCUUCGAACCCUGACCUGUCAACUGGUGUUCUUCCAGAGCAAUGGCACAGAAUGCUGCCCUGUUAACUGGGUGGAGUUUGGGGGAAGCUGUUACUGGUUUUCUUCAGAUGGGCUCACCUGGGCUGAGGCAGACAAGUACUGCCAGCAGGAGAAUGCCCACCUGCUGGUCAUCAACUCCAGGGAGGAACAGGACUUUGUCGUAAAGCACAAGGGCUCGUUUCAUAUUUGGAUAGGUCUUACCGAGAGGGAUGGCUCCUGGAAAUGGGUGGAUGGAACUGAGUACAGAAGCAACUACAGGAAUUGGGCCAUCAACCAGCCAAAUAACUGGCAGGGCCACGAAGAGGGUGGAAGUGAAGAUUGUGCUGAAAUCUGGUCAGAUGGCCAUUGGAAUGACAACUUCUGCCAGCAGGUGAACCGCUGGGCAUGUGAAAAGGAACGGAACAUCACCCACUAGGAGUUUGCUCUACCAUAUCUCUGCCCCACCCCAACCCCACAUCACCCCAACACCUUCACUGGGGAUACUGGAGCAAGGAAGAGAGACAGAGUCCCAAGUGAUAUGAGGGGUUAUGGGACAAUGGACAGGGGAUGGCUCUAUGGUCUCAUACCUUGAGAAUACUGAGAAUACUGAGAUUUCACCCCUCUCCACAAUUUAUUGCAAUUGUUAUAAAUUUCAGCCUUCUGAAUGGAAUAGGAAAAAAAGAAAUACUUGAAACUCA